AUGUCCAACUCGCUCUCAGGACCUUCCAACUUUGCCGACGAUGGCUCGGCGGUCAUUGCCCGCCAGCUUGAAGUACAUCACAGCAAACUAGCAUCCGAGGCUCAGGACAAGAUCAAGGCUUGCUCGGACAUCUACGAAAUUGAGCGCACCGUCGGAGCUAUCAAGGACCGAGGCUACAAGCGAAUUGCGUUGCAGUUCCCGGACGAAUUGUUGCCCGACUCUGGACUUGUGGCUCAAUUGAUCAGGAACCAGACCGGUAGCUCUGUCUUCAUCUUGGCAGAUACCUCCUACGGAAGCUGUUGUGUGGACGAGGUUGCAGCGCAGCACAUCUCUGCCGAUGCCAUCAUCCACUAUGGUCGGUCUUGCCAGAGCCCAACAUCACGACUCCCUGUUAUUUAUGUUUUCGGAAAGCAGCCAGUGGAUGUUCAGGAUUGCGCCACAGUGUUUGACGGAUUCUUUGCAAAGGACAAGGCUCAGAAAGUCAUCUUGAUGUACGACGUUAUUUACGCCCACUGUGUCGGUAAGGGUCACUCGGUGUCAAAGGAUUGCCGCUGUGAGAGCCUACUGUCAACAUUGGAGGGUGAGAAGAGCUAUACCAACAUUGUCAAGUCAAGAGUCGAGACAGAGUCCAACCUCGGCUAUGUGCUCUCGAGUCAGGAUGUAUCAAAGGCUGCUGGAGGCUGCUGCCAGAAAAAGUCCGAGUCCGUGUGCUGUGGCAAUAAGCAGGCAAGCUCGACAGAAUCAUCAUCAUCAUCCUGCUGUCAGAGUGGCGAAAAGUCGGGUGAUGUGGCAUGUGGCAGUUCAACCGGGGGAUGUGCCAAGGCUACAUCGACUAUGCAACAGGCAGGAGCAAUAUCAACAGGAAUGACGACAACGGAGGAGACACCCGGCAACAACAAGAGGAGGCGGUUUGGUCGGACUUAUAACUUGCCCGAGGGUGACAGUAUCGAGGACUACACGAUUUUCUACAUUGGAGAUGAGAGCCCCACGCUAUCCAACAUCAUGAUGACCCACAGCAAGUGUGAUACGUACUCGUACAACCCAGAGAAGAAGCAAGGUCGUCUCGAGUCUGCACAGGUCAACAGGGCUCUGAUGCGUCGAUACUUUUUGGUCCAGAAGGCCAAGGAUGCUGAUGUCAUUGGAAUCGCUAUCGGAACCUUGGGUGUCGCGUCGUAUAUGACGAUGAUUCAACACUUGAAGUUGUUGAUCGAGUCCAAGGGCAAGAAGGCAUACACGUUUGUGAUGGGCAAGCUGAACGUGGCCAAGAUGGCUAACUUUAUGGAAAUCGACUGCUUUGUGUACGUGGCCUGUCCCGAGAACAGUUUGAUCGACAGCAAGGAGUUCUACCGGCCCAUCGUGACCCCUUACGAGCUCGAGAUUGCGCUCAGCAAGUCCAGAGAGUGGACGGGCGACUAUGUGACGAAUUUCCAGGAGCUCCUGCCGGACGACGACAAAAUUGGUAUGGACAAGAUCAAGAUCUCUCAGGCCCAACUGGACGCGGCCUCGGAUCGGGAGGAUGAAGACGGGUCGGAUGUUGAUAGCGACGAGGAUGAUCGUCCUCAUUUCUCGUUGGUGACGGGACAGUUCAAGCAGUCCAAGAAGUAUACGACCAACAAGGAGGAUUCCAAAGAGCUGUCGGCUCUGAUUGAAGGAUCCAAGGAUCUGACGUUGAGGGACAAGAACACCAGUGUUGCCACGCUGAUGUCGAGCGCUUCUGGGGAGUACUUGCAGUCGAGGCAGUUCAAAGGGUUGGAAGUCAAUUUGGGCGAGACGCCUGUUGAGCUUGCGACCGAAGGGCGUGCUGGUAUUGCUCGUGGUUACAAGACUGAGGAUGGGUAUGGAGACCGCGAGACGGAGAAGUAUUAG